AUGAGCAGCGAUAAAAUUUUUGAUAUCAUAUUCAACAUGAAGUUCACGAUGAAACAGAUGAACAAAAGUGCCAACGCCGCGGAGCGGGCGAGUGAGAAGGAGAAGCUCCUUGUCAAAAAGGCACUUGAAAAAGGCAACCCGGAGGCUGCCCGCAUCUACGCACAAAACGCCAUUAGGAAGAAAAACGAGUCGCUGAAUUAUCUUCGCCUUGCCUCCCGCAUCGACGCCGCGGUGUCACGCAUACAGACAGCGGAGCAGAUGCGGGCAGUCAACAAGUCGAUGGCGAGCACCGUGCGUGGGAUGGCGAAGGUGAUGGAGUCUAUGGACCCAAUGAAAAUAGCCCACGUGAUGGAUGAGUUUGAGCGACAAACAGGCACGCUCGAUGUCAACCUCGGUACGAUGGACGCUGCCUUUGAAAGCACACAGGCGGGUACCGUGCCUGUCGGGGAGGUGGACUCCCUUAUGGACCAGAUUGCGGCCGAAAAUAAUCUUGAAAUCAGCUCAAAGAUGAGCGGGGUGCCUUUGCACAGUCAAGUGCGUCCGGUGGUGGCGACGAGGACUGAUGUGGAGGGAAGAUGA